AUGUCUUCCCAUCGCGUGCUUCAGAUUCCUGCCAAGGCGGCUCCCUUCGAGAUAGCUACUCGCCCCACGCCGAAGCCUGGCCCAGGGCAGGUUCUCGUCAAGAACGAGACAAUUGGGCUGAACCUUUUCGACCACGUCAUGCAGGCUUUCGGAAUAUAUAUCGCGGAGGAUAAAUACCCUUUUAUCGUGGGCCAGGAGGCCGCUGGUACGGUCGAGUCUGUCGGAGAAGGCGUCACUACCAUCAAGAUCGGCGACAAAGUAUGCUUUCAGGGUGGCCCGGACCAGACUAUGUUCACGUACCAGGAAAAGUCGAUCGCCGACGCUGUCCGCUGCCUCAAGAUCCCUGAGGGUAUCACCGUAGACCAAGCGGCCACCUUGCCUCUGUGCGUAGCGACUGCCGCCAUUGGACUCUACCACACCGAGAACCAACGCGGCGGUCCCGGCGUCGGCCUAACACCACCCUGGGCUGAAGGUGGUAAGGGCAAGUACGCUGGUCAACCCAUAUUCAUCUCAGGAGGUGCAAGUGCUGUCGGUCAAUACGCCAUCCAAUUCGCCAAGCUCUCCGGCUUCAGCCCCAUCAUAACGACAGCCUCAGCAUCGAGUAGCGCACUCGUCAAGUCUCUCGGUGCCACGCACGUCGUGGACUAUCAUACUACUCCACCGGAGGACAUACCUGCUGCGGUUCGCGCAAUCACCGAGGCCCCGCUAUCCGUCAUCUUCGACUCAAUCUCGCAGCCGUCGACGCAGGAGGCGUGCUGGAAGUUGCUUGCUCCCGGAGGUGCACUCGCACUGACGCGCCAGCCCGCUCCCACUGUUGGCGCAGCCGGAGUCCGGCGCGACGACGCGGAGGGGAAGCUUGCGGUCCUCGUAUAUGGUAUGGCCAACCAGGGUGUCAACCUUAAGUUCGGGGAGGAUAUGUAUAGAGCGCUCGAUAAGUAUGUGAAGGACGGGUCUAUCAAGCCAAUCAAGGUCGAGGUGGUUGAAGGUGGCUUCGAAGGCGUACAGGCAGGGUUGGACCGCAUCAAGGCGGGCGUGAGUGGUGUGAAGCUCGUUAUUCAUCCGUGA